GAGAAAGAGGACAGGCGGAGGAGCCAAAGACCUGUCACCUUCACACUGGGCAACGAGGUGCUGGGGCUGGGCCCAAAGAACGAGUUUCAGAGUCCUGACGCCGAGAUCUACAUGCACUUCAUGAGGAGCCACUGCUGCUAUGAUGCCGUCCCCACCAGCUGCAAGCUCGUUGUCUUCGACAUCUCCCUGGAGAUCAAGAAAGCCUUCUUGGCACUGGUGGCCAAUGGGGUGCGUGCCGCCCCGCUCUGGGACAGCAAGACGCAGAGCUUUGUGGGGAUGCUCACCAUCACUGACUUCAUCAACAUCCUCCACCGCUACUACCGCUCGCCCCUGGUUCAAAUCUACGAGGUGGAGGAGCACAAGAUUGAGACCUGGAGAGAGGUAUACCUGCAGGGCUCCUUCAAGCCACUGGUCUACAUCUCCCCAAGUAAUAGCCUCUUUGAUGCCGUCUACUCCCUGAUCAAGCACAAGAUCCACCGCCUGCCUGUCAUUGAGCCCAUCUCGGGCAACGUCCUGCACAUCCUGACACACAAGCGCAUCCUCAAGUUCCUCCACAUCUUCGGCUCCACCAUCCCCAAGCCUCGCUUCCUGAAGAAAACGGUGCAGGAGCUGUGCAUUGGCACAUUCCGCGAUGUAGCCGUUGUGCCUGAGUCUGCCCCCAUCUACACUGCCCUGGAGAUCUUUGUGGACCGCCGCGUCUCUGCUCUGCCCGUCAUCAACGAUGCUGGGCAAGUGGUUGGCCUCUACUCCCGGUUCGACGUCAUUCACCUGGCAGCCCAGAAGACCUACAACAACCUGGACAUCAGCGUGCGGGAGGCGCUGCGGCAGCGCACUGUCUGCCUGGAGGGGGUCCUCACCUGCUACCCCCACGAAACCAUGGAGGACAUCAUUGACCGCUUUGCCAAGGAGCAGGUCCAUCGCCUGGUUCUGGUGGAUGAGAACCAGUACCCGCGGGGCAUCGUCUCCCUCUCCGACGUCCUCCAGGCCCUUGUGCUCACUCCCGCAGGUAUCGAUGCUCUUAACUCUUAG